UAUGAGUUUUAGAGAUUUAGAAAAUCCAGAAUAAGCAGUCUUUAUAUCUUAAGAUUUGUUAAAUGAAUCCUUUUCCCAAAUGUCUUAAGAACAAAAUGCUGAAUAAUAAUAAGAAUUUGCUAACAACAAUGAGAACUAUCCUCAAUUUAGCUAGACUUAGAAUUCUCACAUUCUAUCUGAAAUAAUCAAUACUCCAUCUCAACCUAAAUUAUAGACUAAAAAAUUUACAUUACUUCCCCAAUCAGGUGGACUAUUUUCUUAUUUAAUUGACAAUCAAAGUAGAAUAUAUGAUAUCUUUUAAAAUUUCUUACAUCGAUUAUUUCAAUACUACUUCAUAAAGAAAGUGAUGGAUCAAAAUAUUAUACAAAAUUAUAUUGAUUUAUAAGCAGUCAAAAGAAAACUCAGUUAUGUUCAAUAAGUAUAUAACUAAACAUUUUGUGCAUUGAAAAAUAGCAUUCAGUAUUAUUAAGAUAAGAUUUUGAUAUUGACAUCAGAAAUAGAUAAAGAGGAUCCUUAUUCUUUAUUAACUUAACAUGAAAUAGAUCUUAGAAGAGGAUUACAUGAUUUUUAUUAAUUUAUAGAUUCAGAGGACUUACUUACAAGUAGUAAAGGAAUGGGAGGAAGUUAAAACAUGUAUUUAUAUUAAUAUAAUUAAAAUUAGAAGUCAAUAUAAAACAAUAUAGAUAGAAGUAUUUAAUCCAGCUGAUUUAAAUUCUCUUGACAAAGUAGCUUAAUUUGUUUUAAAUAGUAUUGAAUUGGAAUAAAUUAACAUAACUCCAAUAUAAUUAUUAAAUGAUGAUUUAUCUUUGAAUUUACUUAAAGUUACUAUGCAAUUAUUGCAAAUAUGGUAACAUUUAUUUAGAUUUUUGAAUCAAAAUGAUGUAACAAAUAUUUAAUUCAAUUACGAAGUAGAUUAAGCUAAUCAUAAUGCUGCUAUUGUUGCAGCAUAAACAUUCUUGUUGGUUCCUUUGGAUAUAGCAAAUAAGAUUUUGAAAGGUCAAUAUAAAGAACUUAUAAAUUAUCAUCUUAAUUCCAAUAAUAAAUUGCCUCUUAAAGAGGAAUAUGAAAAGAAAAGAGAUGAAAAAAGUUAAGCUAAAUUAUAAAAUACACUUCAUUUUGAUAAAUCAGAGAAUAUUAUCAAAAUAGCUGAUGAUGCAUUAACAAAUGAAGCUGAGAAUUUUUCAUUUUCAAAUGCUGAACAUUCUUUAAUGGAAGAAUAAUCUGAUUAAUAAUAAACAAUUCAAAAAUAUAAUCAUAAAUAUUAAUUAAAUUCAGAAUAAUAUAAAUAAACAAUAUUAGAUUAGGCAGUUGAAUUAAGUUUUAAAGGAAAAAUAAAUGAAUCACAUUUAUUAGAUAUUUAACCUCCAAAACAUAGAUCAUAUAUUGCUGAAAGUGGAUAAUAAAUUUUAAGAAUUACUCCUAUUACAAUUUGUACUUUGAAUUGUUCAAAAUCUAAUGUUGAAUUUAAUCAUGUCAAUUAUUUUAUUGAUCCUUAAAAAGAAUUUUUACAUUACUUUAAACCAAAUACAAAGUUUUUCUUUUAAUGGUAAAUAGAUGCUGAAAAUGUUUAAAAGAUAAUUUGUGAUGUAGAACAAUAAUUUACAAAUGAAUUGAUUUCCUUUGCAACAAAAGAAGGAAUCAUAUUUUUAUUUAAUCCAUUUUCUAAGGCUGCUGAUAAUACCUUUUAUAGAUAUAAUGAACAAAGCUCUAUUCUUUAAGCAUUGCCUAAUAUGAUUGAAAAAAAAAGAAAUUUCAGAGUUGCUCAAGUAGGACAUUAUAUCUAUUUAAUUGGUGGUGAAAAUCAAUAUAAUUAAGUAACUAAUGCUUGUGAAAGGUUUAGUCUUAAAACAUUAGAAUGGUAAAAGAUCAAGUCUUUUUAAACUCCUUUAACCAAAGUUAAUCUAGUUGUUUUUCAACAAAGAUAUUUGAUUAGAUUUGGAGGAUUGAAUCGAUUCGAUCAUUUUGAUAAAACUGUAGAAAAGUAAGUUAGAAAAUAUAAAAUUAUAGGUAUGAUACAAAAAGACAUAAGUGGUACCAAAUAAAAUUGACUAGUGGACAAGAUUAAAUAUUCAAAUUGAAUAGUGUUUGUCUUUAAAUCAAUUUUAAUUCAAUCUUAAUUUUUGGAGGUUUAAAUGAUAAUGAUCACAGUGAUGCAACAAUAUAACUACUUAAUAUUGAUGAAGUUGAUAAGAAAAAGAACGAAGAUAUUGCACAUCUUUAAGAACUAAAUGUACAAUAAUAAUUACUAUCAUUUAUUGGUCAAUAUGAUUUAAAUGUAUAUUACUAGCAUGAUAGAAUUUACUUAUUUAGAAAAAACUACAGUUCAUUAUUAAUGUGA